CGCUAAAUCUGGCCAAGACAGUCAACGAGGCCUUCGCAUCGUUCAUGCAAUCGUGCUUCUCUUGCACCGACAGGACAUUUGCGUUCUCGCUGGCACGAGAUCAUCUGCGGAGUAUACCCAACGACUCGCCCGAGGUCUCUGGGGCUAAAACUAGACUUCCUCAUGGCUAUCUGCGCCACGAACACUACGUAGCACUGAACAUACCACUGGAGACGCCCUGGAGAGAGUGCUAUAGCUGGCUGUCUGUAUGA